GGCGGCGGGGGCCGCUCACUCCGCGCCUGCACCAUGUCUUGCUGUCGGUCCUGUGCGCUCUGCGCCGCGAUGGUGCUGCUCCUGGCGGCCGCUGCCGCCUCCGCCGAGUCGGUAAGGGAAACCAUGACCAUGGAUCCACAGCUGCUAGAAGAAGAUUACUCCUCAGGCGCGUUGCCAGAUGAUGAAGAUGUUGGUCGCAGCAGUUCUGAAAGCACCAUUGAUGAUGAUGAUGACUAUGAUUCAUCAGGGUCUGGUGAUGAAGAUGGCUUUGUCCUGACUUCAACCAGCACAGUCAGUCUUGUGAGCUCCAGUGAUAACCACAUCCCUGAAGACAGUGGGGAAAGAACAAAGGACAUGAACAAAAACGGGAUGGAAGACAAUGAGAUCAUUCCUGGGGGAGUUGUGCCUCUUCAGGAGGAGAACCUGUCCAACAAGAUCUCCAUGGCCAGCACCGGCAGUAGCAGCAUCUUUGAAAGAACAGAAGUCCUUGCAGCUCUUAUUGCAGGUGGGGCAGUAGGGCUGCUGUUCGCCAUCUUCUUAAUCCUCCUUUUAGUCUAUCGCAUGAAGAAAAAGGAUGAGGGCAGCUAUGACCUGGGCAAGAAACCAAUCUACAAGAAAGCCCCUACAAACGAAUUUUAUGCUUAAGCUCACCAGCACCUCCUACCCAUCUGGGGACAGAAAUGGACUAUAUUGAAGCAUUUGGCCUUCAGAUGAGAAGCAUUGAACAAAUGGAUUUUCUGGAUGCAAUUUCAGAGAUUUCUUUAAUUUUCUAUGUGCCCCUUCCCAUCCUGCUUGACUAACAAGGGCCCAACGAGAUGCAGCAAGUCUUGAAAAACACUGUCAUAUUAAGAAAAAAGUACAAAAAAGCCAAACUUUUUUUCCCCUUUUUUUGGGUGAUGGGUGUAUGAAUUAUCAAGCUGUGUGUGGAAGCAAACUGUCUCUCUACCUGGUGUGCAGUAUUCCUAUUCACCUUUUGUAGAAGGCAGGAUUUUCCAAAACCCUUCUGGAAUAGGAUUUGUCCUGCAGCAGGCUACUCAUGUCAGGCAUUUGGUACAUGCCUGUUUAUGAAUUUUACCCUACAGUAUAAUGUUGCCUUAUCAGGGGGCUUCUGUGCCCUCUGGGCUCAGGGUUCCUGUAUGCCAUAAAGGAUCCAUGGGAGAAAUGACUAUAUGGGUUCUAGGGGGAAGCUUCCUUUUCCUUUGUCCUGGGCAGGGCUGUUAAUCCAUAAGAAUCAGGAAAGUCUUUUUGCAUAGCUCUGAGACAAUCCCCUCUUCCUCCAAGUUUUUUUUUUUUUUAACGUAGGAUUUUUUUUUUUGUAAUAAAACUGCUAGGAAAAAUAGUUUAAUGUUUAUAUAAGUUUGUAGAAAGUGUGCUUACAUAAACCCCUUGCUUUCUUAACUUCCUAAGAUUAUUUUUUUUCCAUUCUCCCCCCCCCCCCCUCUUUUUUUUUUUGGCUGGGCAUUUUCUCUAGACAUAUACUGUGCGUGGGUUUUUAUACAAUCCAUAUUCCAAAAUUGAAGCAGCAUUGGCUAUGGUAUGUUACAGGUUUCUUUUGUUCCUAUAGCAGCUACUGUAGGAGACUUUAAAGAUAUAUUUAUGUGUUUUAUCAAUAAUUUUUUUGAUUUUUGACUUUUUUAUAGGAUUAUUUAUAGUUUCUCAUGGCUGCUCUUGUUUUUUGGUUUGGUAAUUUUGUUUCCUUUUUUUUUAUAUAAAACACUAAUAUAAUGAAUCUCUGUGAAAACUAUUUAAGCUUUAUUCUGUGAAUUUUAAUUAAGAACUGAAGGCAAUAACUUCUGCUAGAAUAAAUCUGUAUGCAAAAUCGGGUUCUCUAACAUGAUUUAAAGUUUUAUAGGGGGAAAUGAGCUUUUUUAGCCUGUAAUAUAUUAUAAUCAGUCCUAUAGAGCUAUAUAUUAUAUUUUUUCAGUGAAAUGUACAAUUUUAAGAGUAAAAUGGCUAGAGUUAAUUUUUCUGGAUCUUCUGCAACCUUACUGUGUGUAAGGAGAGGGGGUUGGUCUAGCAUCUAUUGCUCUGCAAUGUUUUUGUUCUGAAUUGCAGUAAUAUCUUACUCUUGCUUAUUAGUUACAGCUGGAGUCAAGCUAAUGGUCACAGGACCUCCCUGGGUUACUUAGUGCUUCAUGAAUGCCCAUAACAUAGUGGACAUCAGUUUAACUACUAUGAGUUGUUGGAAACAAGACUAGCAGGUAAAAUGCUGGCUUACAACCCUUAUGGUUGACAAGUAGAGUUGAGAUCACUUGCCCUCAGUUUUGAAGUCAGUCUUUUCCUUUUAAGGAGUCAGAGAAACAAGCUGGAAGCUGCUAGUAUAAAGGAAGUAACCAUUUCUUGGAAAACCUGCUGUUUAGUUCAUUGGCUGUGAUUUUAUAGGCUCUGAACUGAUCUCCUGAGGAGGAUGGCUUUGUGGAGUGUCCUCCAUACAUAUAAUCUGCCAACGUGACAGUAUGGGAAUGCAGAGCUUCCUUGAUGUUGCUCUUAAGGACCAUGUAAAUGGCUCCUGUCUUUCAAAUUUCUCAUGUAGAGGAUAGGAUGUGUGUGUCCUAUAAGCAGCCUUCCCAGGAGGUCUUAGUUCUACUCGGACUAGAUCUAUAGCUAACCGCUUCCUAUAUGAUCUUACUGAAUGGGUUUUAUUGACUAUGUGGAAAGGUAGAGCCAAGGACACGGGCUUCUUAUGUAUUUUGGUAACUCAAAGCAUAGCAUAGGAUAUUGUCUUGGGUAAGACCGGAUAUUAAAAACCACAUUGACUCUUCAAAUCUUGAAUCUGUACUAAAAGAUUGGGGUUUUUUGUCUGGUCUCUUUCUGACCUGAACUUUCUCUUGCACUAGUCUUCUAUCAGUACAGACUCAAGUUGGCACCCACCUGAUUUUUAGCCUGGUGGGGAAACACUACCAGUCCUGUGUGCAUAUCUAAUGGGGAGCAGGAGAAUUCUGGCAGGGUUUGAGCCUGUAGCCUAAGGAUACCUUCAAGGACAAGACUCUUAAAAGGCUGCUUAUAAAGUUCAAACACACCUGUCCAGGGUCUGGCUCUGGAAUGGGUACUGGGAAACUAAUGGUAAAAAACAAAACAAAACAACCCUUUAAGACUAUUUCUGGGCAUUCAGCUCUUAGGAAGCAACCUAUUUGUAACUGUCUGCUGCUUUGGAUGUUAGGUUAACUUGUAACUGCUCUUGGGUUUAUCUUUCACUGUUAUCAAUUUUUGAUCGAAAUAAAACUGGUACUUUCUAAAA